AUGACUGCUGGAUUCGCACCCAGGCCGGAGCAUGGCCAAAUCGCCUCGUCCGCGUCUCAGUCAAGCUCCAAGUCAGUCGCGCGCCAAUGGUUCCAGCAUGCCACCGCCCCACGCGUCUACACCAAUGCCGUGAUGGUCGACGCCAUUCGCGCCGAAUACCCCCAGCUCCAUCUGACCGUCGUGCCUCCAGUCAGCUGCGAUCUCGUCAGUUGGGCUGCCGCAGGUCAUGCGGGCCUCGCUGCCAUUGACAAGGAAUCAGACCGGCUGCGCGUGCAGAAUUACCUCCCCCCCGCAACCCGAGUCGGCGGCCAACGCGGCACCAUCUCCGAGGCCGUUGAUUUCGGGAAAUUCUUACUUGAUUGGAAGGGCAAAGAGUUCGUUGUGUACAUCCAAUCUGGCAGGGACGGUAUGGAGCCCUGGCCGGCGGAUGUGUAUCAGUACAUCCUCUCGCCCUCCGUCGACUCCACAAACAAAUUGCUUAUGGAUGCUGGCGUCUGGACGAGCGAGUUGCACGAUGAAAUCUGGGUCUUCGACCAGGGGUAUUGGCAGAAGAGUCGAGAGCUCUACGAGAGCAUCAAAAAGGCGAGCUGGGAUGAUGUGAUUCUCGACGAAAAGAUGAAAAAGAGCAUCAUCCAAGAUGUGGACAACUUCUUCAACGGGCACGAGACCUACGACCGCCUCUCUGUCCCGUGGAAGCGUGGAGUCAUCUAUUACGGGCCUCCGGGCAACGGCAAGACAAUCAGCAUCAAGGCCAUGAUGAGCGCGCUGUACAAGCGAAAGGACCCCAUCCCUACCCUAUACGUCAAGAGCUUGAGCAGCUUCGCAGGACCAGAGUACUCGAUAAAUAACAUCUUCUCCCUCGCGCGACGUACCGCCCCGUGCUACCUCGUCUUCGAGGACCUCGAUUCUAUCGUUUCCGACAAUGUGCGAUCCUUUUUUCUCAAUGCUGUUGACGGUAUUCAGAAAAACGAUGGCAUUCUCAUGGUGGGCUCCACAAAUCACCUGGAACGACUGGAUCCGGGAAUCUCCAAGAGGCCCAGCCGCUUCGAUCGCAAAUACCUCUUCCCUAAUCCAAACGAAAAGGAGAGGACCAUGUACAUGAAGUACUGGCAAGGAAAGUUGGAGGGCAAAUCGGAAGUCGAACUGCCGGACAAGCUGUGUGCGGCCAUUGCGAAGAUCACCAAAGACUUCUCAUUUGCAUACCUUCAGGAGGCCAUGGUGAGCUCUCUGCUGUUGAUUGCAAGGGAUGCUGAAGACGGCGACGAAGAGGAUGCGUCUCUGCACGAAACAACGUGUCUGGAAUGCAUGGACUCGCACGACAAGCCGCGCAGCGGAGGCACGUGUGACAGAGAGACGACGCGGCCGUUCAAAGGCCUCUACGAUUGGGUGUGGGCGGUUCGUCAACUAGAGCAAUCCGGCGGUGGGGACGACGACCUCGACUCCUAUUUGUUGUGGAGGGUCAUCAAGAAACAGAUCCGGAUUCUGAGAGAAGAGAUGGAUAAUGAGAAGGAGGGCAAGAAGUGA